AUGAAGCUUACAUCUGUCACUAAACUAGCAAUUUGUGUGCUACUUGUUCUGCAAUUGUGUAUAUAUGUAGCACAUGCCCAAUCCAAUGUCACAGACUCCACUUCUUCAAAAUCUGCUGAUGACACCAAGAAUAACGCUGUUUCUGCUCAACAAGUGGAUCCAACCUCUUCUUCUGCUGCUGUCCCAGAUGAUGUAAGUACUAGCACAACAGCAAACGACAGAACCUCAACAACUGACCAAUCUAUUAUAUCCACUUCAUCUGACAUCUCACCUACUACAACAACCUCAUCAUCAUCAACUACUUCAUCAUCUGGAAUCAUUCCUACAUCAUCUGCACCUACUGAAUCAUCAUCAUCUUCAUCACGACAACAACAGACUACAUCUGGCAGAACUACUGCCGCCCCUCUUUCGUCUACUACUGAAGCCCCUGUUUCAAGCACCACAACUGAGGCUCCUCCUUCUUCUACUACCGAGCCUCCCGCUACAUCAGCUAACCCUACUACUGAACAACCUUCCUCUACUGAACAACCUUCCUCCACUGAACAACCUUCCUCUACUGAACAACCAACACAACCUACCACUACUGAAGCGCCUGUUACCAGCAAUCCCGUUCCUAGCUCGAACUCUGAAGCACCUCCCACCUCAUCAUCUGUUCCCAAAAGCUCAUCUACUGUUCCUCCCGCUUCCUCAACCAGCAGCACCAAUGGAUCUCACCAUACUUCCAGAACCCCCUCUGCCAGUGCCAAUCCUUCUUCAACCGCCUCAUCUUCAUCCGCCCCUGUUGCUUCUUCCUCUGAAGCGCCUGCAAGCACAGCGGAUGGAGGCAGUAACAAGACUGCUGUCAUUGCUGGCUCUGUUGUUGGUGGCGUGGUCGGUCUUGCUUUGAUUGGAGGUUUGCUUGCUUGGAUGAACCGUCGUGGAGGUUGCACUAGCCGCACAAAGAACAAGAAUGGUUUGAGUCAAGAUGAUUACACAAUCGACAUGCAUCAGAACGAUUUCGGUCAUGGCUCCAGCGCUGCCGCCGCCGCUGCUGCUGCCACUGGUGGAGCAAUGGGUGCUACUGCAACUCACACUUCUACCGAACCCUUGUCGCCAUUCGAUAACACUCGUCGCUAUGCUCCCGCUGCUGCUACUGCUGGAGGCAUUUAUGGGGCCAACAACACUGAGCCUUAUGGCGACUAUCACGAAGCCUACAGCCAAGCUGGAUAUAGUCAAGGCGGUUACAGCCAAGAGGGAUAUAGUCAAGAUGGAUAUAAUGGGUAUGGUCAACAACCUGAAUACGGUUACUAUGAUGGGGGCAACUAUGCUGCUGCAGGCGCAAUUCCUGGAGCUGCUGGAGCUGCUGGAGCUGCUGGUUAUGAUAGCAAUCGUCAUGAAAUCAACAACAACAUGUAUGCUAAUAACAAUUACGAUCCCUCGUAUCAAACAAAGCAUUACUCAGAUCUUACUUCUCCUACAAGUGCUGGUAAUUUGUCUGAGGGAUACUCUUCUGUUGAUAAGCCUAAUGUCAAGGAUUACAAUAGCAAACCUAAUGAAAUGUAA